GGAACCUUCCCAAGCUUCAUCUGAAAUUUUUCCAUCGCCAGCCCACCCUCGAUCUUUCCUUUCGCAGCCGCGCACAACGAACCGGACUGUGCCUCGCGAGGAAGCCACGACGCCAAUCGAAUAGAGCGAGACCAGAAGGAAGGAACCAAAACUAAUUCACAAUGUCGCUCUUUGUGCUUGCCGAGACGCCGGCAGGCUAUGGCCUGUUCAAGGCUACUGAUAAGAAGAUGCUCAAGAACGAGGAACUCGCUGCUGAGCUUGGACGACCUGAGAAGGUCGUUGAGAUGCUCAAGCUCAAGAAGUUUGUCAAGUUCGACAGCGCCGCUACCGCUCUCGAAGAAGCUGCGUCUCUCAAGGAGGGCAAGGUCCCUGAGCUUCUCACCCAACUCCUCGACGACCUGAAGUCCGAGAAGAAGGCUUCGCUCGCCGUCGCCGAUAUGAAGCUGGGCACUGCCAUCUCUAACAUGCCCUCGCUCAACAUUUCUCCUGUUUCUGGCUCCAACACUAUGGACCUCUUCCGUGGCAUUCGAGGUGGAUUGCCCAACCUUAUCCCUGGUCUGCUCGAGGAGAACUUUGACCGCAUGGCCCUGGGUCUUUCUCACUCCAUGUCGCGUCACAAGCUCAAGUUCUCUGCCGAUAAGGUCGACUCCAUGAUCAUCCAGGCUAUUAAGCUUCUCGACGACCUCGACAAGGAGCUCAACGUCUACGCUAUGCGAACCAAGGAGUGGUACGGAUGGCACUUCCCUGAGAUGGCCAAGAUUCUCAACGACAACUUGGCUUACGCUCGCGUCAUUCUUGCUGUUGGCAUGCGCACCAACAUUGCCGAUAGCGACCUCUCUGAGAUUCUUCCCGAGGAGAUUGAGACUUCCAUCAAGGCUGCCGCCGAGAUCAGCAUGGGUACCGAGAUCACCGAUGAGGAUCUUGACAACAUUAAGCUCCUGGCUGACCAGGUCAUUGUCUACUCCAACUACCGAACACAGCUGUCCUCGUACCUCGAGAGCCGCAUGCGCGCUAUCGCUCCCAACCUGACUGCUCUCGUUGGCUACCUCGUCGGUGCACGUCUCAUUGCCCACGCUGGCUCUCUCAUCAGCUUGGCCAAGUCUCCUGGUUCCACCAUCCAGAUUCUCGGUGCCGAGAAGGCCCUCUUCCGCGCUCUCAAGACUAAGCACGAUACACCUAAGUACGGUCUCAUCUACCACUCUUCACUCAUCGGUCAGGCGACCGGCCGAAACAAGGGUAAGAUCGCUCGUAUGCUGUCUGCCAAGGCUGCUCUAGGUCUCCGUGUCGAUGCCCUAGGUGAUGCCGAAGACGACGCUGAUGAGGAGGAGCGCGCUAUCCUUGGUCUCAGCAACCGCAUCAAGCUUGAGAACCACCUCCGCAAGCUCGAGGGCAAGCCUCUUCUACCCAAGGGCGCCAACGUCACCCCCUCUGGUGAGAUUGUUGGUGCUGGUCAGUUCACUCUCAAGGAGACCCGCCGAUACAACGGUGACGCCGAUGGUGUUGCUGAUGAUGAGGAGACCAACGAAGCUACCCCCGCAAAGAAGCUCAAGAAGGCCAAGAAGCUCAUCGAGGAGGUUGACGAGGAGAUGAAGGAUGCUGAGGAUGACAGCGACGACGAGGCUGCCACUCCUGGCAAGCCCAAGAAGCUCUCCGAGGCCGAUUACGAGCGCCUUGCCGAGGAGGCCGGUAUCUCAGUCAAGAAGUUCAAGCGCAAGUACGAGCGAGGUGACGUUGAGCUGAACGCCGAUGGCACACCCAAGGUCAUCAGCAAGAAGGAACUCAAGAAGCUGCGAAAGGCCGAGGAGAAGGCCACACCUUCCAAGUCGCAACCCGCCGCCGAAGAGACUGAUGGCAAGAAGAAGCGCAAGCACGACGACUCAGAAGACGAGGAGCCCAAGAAGGAGAAGAAGCAGAAGAAGAAGAAGCGACACUCUGAGGCUUAGAGGCCCUCAAGUAAACGUCCACGGCGCAAGUCGUGACGAUGCUGAAUCAGACACAAUUGUAGGACUUUGAGGUUAACCAAUCUCAUCCUACCUGCUUUACUCGUACUCGUCUAAACACUGACGACGAACCCGCUCCAAAACGAAAGAUCAUAUUUCAAGUCAACCCAACAACAGACUAUUGGACGGUUCCCGAUGUGUAGAUAUAUGAUACCUGAGAGACUCCUGGCAUGGCAUCUUCUGCCCGCACCUUGUUUCCUGGCUGGCUGGCGUUUGGGUGGAGGGCAUAUUGGCGUGAUUUGGUUUUAUCCCUUUUUCGUAUUUUCAACUUGACCCUCUGUCCCCUCCCCGUCCCCUGGGUGGAUGCGCGGUGACUUCUGGAGAGGAAUUACUAUGCUUUGAUGUAUCAUUACGGGAGGGUGAACAGAGGGAUAUAGAAGAGAAAAUUGUCAAGUUUAAAAGUUAAUCCUCAA